UGCAUUCAUGAGAAAAAAUUGAGGUAAAGAUAUUAGAUUUAACGAAGCUCUUCUAACAAAUAACCUUUUAGAGUCUGUCCUAGAACUACAUCCCUUUAAAUUAAUAAACUCAUAGAUUUUUGGAUACUUCUCGCUUACUUUGGUUUUAUUUGCUAGAGUGGCGAAAUGCUCAUUUUGGCAAGAUGACAACUUUUUACUAAUUUUUUUACAAUUUACAAAUUAAUACAAUUUUUUCUUUAUUUUUGAUUUUUAUUUUAAAUUUAUUUUGUAUUUUAGAAAAAAAAAUUUAAUUAAAACAUGACAACUGCUCACCGUCCAACUUUCGAUCCCGCAAAAGGUGGCACAGGAAGAAAUGAAGGGGAUUUGGCAAAAUUAUCUCAGCAAUAUUCUAGUAGAGAUAUGCCGUCUCAUAUGACUUUAAAAUAUCGCCAAAAAGGCCAAGCACAUCCUGAUGAAAUUAAUACAAAGGAUCUUCGUCGUGAUGUUGAAGAAAAAGAGCAAUUAACUUCAAAAGAUCGUCAUUCCCGUGAAUCUAGAACUACUUCAGGAUCUAGCAGUAUUUCGAAACGACCAAAAUUAGAUGAUCCUCAAAAUUUGGAUGCAGAUUUCCCACAGGAUGAUGUUUUAGAAGAUAGUGAUUUAGAUGAUGAUUCUGAUGAUGAAGCUGAAUUAAUGGCUGAGUUAGAAAGAAUUAGAAAGGAGAGGGCUGCUGAGAAAGCUGCAAGAGAAUCUAAAGAAGCAGAAGAACAGGAGAAAAUUCGUCAAGAAAACAUUUUACAUGGAAAUCCUCUUUUAACUCAAAAUACUGACUUUAAAGUUAAACGUCGGUGGGAUGAUGAUGUCGUCUUCAAAAAUUGUGCACGUGGAAUUGAUGAACGUAAAAAGACUCCAUCUUUUAUUAAUGAUGCUAUACGUUCUGAAUUUCAUAGAAAAUUCAUGGAAAAAUAUAUAAAAUAA